GAGUGGGGUACUGGGCUCCGCAGCCGUCGGAUGUGCCGGCGCCUCUCCGCAAUCUUCCUGACGCGGUUCUGGACGCCCUGGCCUUGCUCGAUGUGUACACCGGACCCACGGAGCGUGCGCCACAGGGCUACUUGGUGCACACUGGCUGCGUGCGGUUCAGUUGGAAGCCAACGACUGUGGAAGAGCGGUUGAGCUGCCUGCCCCGGCCAGCGUGGUGCCAAGGCCGCACCGCUUACGAGUGGCUGGUGAGCGCCGAGGAUUGCCCCUAUGGAGCCUUUCUGCAAGCACAUGACCAAUACCUGCACGCUCGGCAGCGCCUCAUGGAUCAGGCGGAGAUCGAGGCUUCGGCGCCCAUGCCGUGGCUGCCCCUUCGUUUCAUGGAGACUGUUGGCCUCGAGGCUCGGCUGCUUCCUCUUCACCAUCCUGCAGAUGCCCACGCAGCCCACGUCCGCGCCUACCUGCCGGAUGUUCUCCAGGCGCUGCAGUGCCACAUGGACGUGCAGAUGGGCGAUGGCCGCGUGUUCCUCCUGCAGUACUCCUCGACCUACACUGCGAAGUUCAGCGACCAGUUCGCCACCGAGGAGGCAACCGAUUUUCAACUGGCCAGGAAGGUGCUCAUGGAGUAUCACCCCUUGGAACCCGAAGUGUGGCUGCAGCUGGGAGGUCAGCGGUUCAGGCAGGUGUUGCAGACCGGCAUCCUGCGACGGGUCGUGCUCCGUCCUCUGUGGCGAGGGUUCCAGCCAACGCGGUGGGAGCAGCUGUACAUGGCUUCUGCCUGGCGCUCCGAGGACUGCACGCUUCGGCUGUGCACCGAAGCCGGCGAGAGACGUAAGAAUCGGCGCCGUGUGCUCGUGGCCGCCGCAAUGGAUUCCGCCUUCCAAGAGAGCUUCUUCGGGCAGUGGCUCCUCUUGAACGUGCCCUUCCGCGCCAUGGACGAGCUCUGGGACGCACGAGUUCUGGCCGUUCCAGAAGGGUAUCGCAUGUUGGCACUCUGCCUCUUGAAGCGUCCUGGCUUCUGGCGACGCCCUCACAACGUCCAGGCCAAGCUGCAGUUGGAGGGCCACCGGGACGCUCACAUCUCCAACGUCCUGAGCAUGCUGGAGAGUCGCGCCGGGGUCAUCGACGCCUACCUGGUCGCCCGCCCCUUCUGCGUGCUGGGGCCUGCAGGUUCUGGCAAGAGCACGGUGGAAGUGGCCAUCCGUCGAGCGGCGGAAGCUGGGGCGCACGUGGGCAUCGCGUGCCCCACUGGGAUGCUGGCCAGUGCUUACCGCGUCAAGUUCCCUGGCUUGGACGUGGACACUCUGCGCGGCAUGUUCCUUCUCCACCUUCCGCAGGAGCAAACCUGGGACUGCGUGUCUUCCUUUGACAUGGUGGUCGUCGACGAGGUGGGCCAGCUGUCCCAGCAGACCGUCGAGCGCCUGCUGUGGCUGUGGGACAACGCGGACCGGCGGCCCGCCUUGAUCUUCCUGGGUGACUUCCACAGCUUCAGGGCAUGGACAGCACUCGCGCGUGCAACAGCCCCCGUUGGCAGCAAUUCGUCGUGCGGCAUCUGCGCACCAUGCGGCGCUGCAAGUGCCCGGACUUGCGCUGGAAGCUGGAGCUCCUUCGAACUGCGAAGCCGGAUCGGGAGCAGCUGCUGCGCAUUCCUCCGUGGGCACCGGGCCAUGGCGGAUCGUGGGCCCGGCGUCAGUCCCGAACCCACCGAGCUGGACAUACAGGACAUCCUCCACGAGACCCCGCAGACCCUUUUCCUGACCAUCACUCGCCGCAGCGCCGCCCUCCUGAACGACUUGGUUCCCAUUUACCAGGGCAUGCGGGUCACGCUCACUCGCAAUCUGCAGAAGGAGCAGAACUUUGUGAACGGGAUGGGAUGCACGGUGCUUGGCAUUCAGCGCAAUUCCGUGUUGGUCCGAACGCAGUGCGGCAACGUGCUGUCCGUCUUCCCCUACACGGAUGACGAGAUCUUCCUUCGCGGACAGCAGCGCCGGGCCACCUACUUGCCUCUGCGGUUGGGCUACGCGGUCACUCUCAUGAAGGUCCAAGGUGCCACAUUGCCGCAUAUCACCCUGCGGCUGGAUGUCCCAAACGUCGAGGCCGCCGCCUACGUGGCGCUGUCCCGGGUGCAGCGUGACAAGGACUGGCGCUUCCUGGGCCACCUGACGCGGCACCAUUUCACCCCUGCUUCUGGCAUCUGA